AUGCCUGCACCACUUGCGAAAGGUAUUAUGGUGACGGUCACCGUGCUGGUCGCUGCAGGUGUGGCUGUCUAUCAAUCUCCCCAGUUCCAGGAGUGGAUGAACAAUUCACGACGCAAGAUUGCGGUUGCCUUGCACAGCCUAGGCGAUGAAAUACAACCACGCCGUUCCGCUUCCCCAACUCGAGAUGAUAUUUCUAUGACCGAAGAAGCGGGAGAGGCGGCAGAAAGACGCAGACGCAUCGCACGUGAAGAGAUCUUACGGAGAGCUGCCGUACUGGAGUCUCAUCGAAGCUCACAAAAUUCUCAAAAACCACUGGAUAGCUUCGAUACUUUGGUAGAACAAGACGGAAAUCUUCGUAUGCAGAAUAAAGAUGGCGGCCAAAUGAAUGCGAACCCAGUGGCUAGCUCAAGUGGCGUGGACAGAGGCGAUCUGCAGAGCCGCCGCCGCAAGAAGCUCAGUGAUAUUGAUACAGACCAACUUCAUAUUGAUACUGCCCCCGAGACUCCACCCCACCACAUUUCGGAAUCCGUUCUGCAAUUCACACCCACUUCUGAUGGCCAUGGAGAAAUACUCUUUGAUCCGUUCUCCGACUCCCCGGUGAGGGGACAGUCACCUGUGUCGACCUCCUCGUCAAGUCACACAGAAGACAACUCGGUUUAUUAUACUCACCCUCACUCAGAAUCCAAUGCUAGCCAACAACAGCCAGAAUUGAUUGCCGACCUGGACGACUUUAGCCAUGGAAACCAGUUUCAGCAUGAUGUUUCAUCAGCGCCCUCCAUAGCAGGCAGUUUUAGCGACAUACAUGAGCUUGCCGACCAAUCAUCUGACGGAACAUUGAGCGAUUGGGCACAUUCAGUCGGAGGCGUUGACACUCCAACUAGCUGGUCGGAAGUUGGAAGUGUAAUCAGCGAGCAUGAUGCUGGUCAUCAACAGUUGCUGUGA